CGCGGCUCCUCCUCGCCAUGGGCGACGUGCUGUCCACGCACCUGGACGACGCCCGGCGCCAGCACAUCGCAGAGAGAGCCGGGAAGAUCCUGACGGAGUUCCUCCAGUUUUACGAGGACCAGUAUGGCGUGGCUCUCUUCAACAGCAUGCGCCAUGAGAUCGAGGGCACGGGCCCGCCGCAGGCCCAGCUGCUCUGGCGCAAGGUACCUCUGGAGGAGCGCAUCAUCUUCUCGGGGAACCUCUUCCAGUACCAGGAGGACAACAAGAAGUGGAGGAACCGCUUCAGCCUCGUGCCGCACAACUACGGGCUGGUGCUCUAUGAGAACAAAGUGCCCGCCUCGAGCCAUCAUCAACAGUGCAGGCUACAAAAUCCUCACCUCCGUGGACCAGUACCUGGAACUCGUUGGCAACUCCUUACCAGGGACCACAUCUAAGUCCGGCAGCACCCCCAUCCUCAAGUGCCCCACGCAGUUCCCGCUCAUCCUCUGGCAUCCAUAUGCACGACACUACUACUUCUGCAUGAUGACAGAAGCCGAGCAGGACAAGUGGCAGGCCGUCCUGCAAGACUGCAUCCGCCACUGCAACAACGGGAUCCCCGAGGACUCCAAGGUGGAGGGCCCUGCGUUCACGGAUGCUGUCCGCAUGUACCGACAGUCGAAGGAGCUGUAUGGCACCUGGGAGAUGCUAUGCGGGAACGAGGUGCAGAUCCUGAGCAACCUGGUGAUGGAGGAGCUGGGCCCUGAGCUGAAGGCCGAGCUCGCCCCGCGGCUGAAGGGGAAACCGCAGGAGCGGCAGCGGCAGUGGCUCCAGAUCUCGGAUGCCGUGUACCGCCUGGUGUACGAGCAGGCCAAGGCCAGCUUCGAGGCGGUGCUGUCCAAGCUGCAGCAGGCCCGGCCGGCCAUGGAGGCGGUCAUCCGCACCGACAUGGACCAGAUCAUCACCUCCAAGGAGCACCUGGCCAGCAAGAUCCGAGCCUUCAUCCUUCCCAAGGCAGAGGUGUGCGUGCGCAACCACGUGCAACCCUACAUCCCGUCCAUCCUGGAGGCCCUGAUGGUCCCCACCAGCCAGGGCUUCACCGAGGUGCGGGACGUCUUCUUCAAGGAGGUCACCGACAUGAACCUGAACGUUAUCAACGAGGGCGGCGUCGACAAGCUGGGUGAGUACAUGGAGACGCUGUCCCAGCUGGCCUACCACCCUCUGAAGAUGCAGAGCUGCUACGAGAAGAUGGAACCACUGCGGCUUGAUGGCCUGCAGCAGCGUUUCGACGUGUCCAGCACAUCCGUGUUCAAGCAGCGAGCCCAGAUCCACAUGCGUGAGCAAAUGGACAAUGCUGUGUACACCUUCGAGACACUCCUGCACCAAGAGCUGGGGAAGGGCCCCACCAAGGAGGAGCUGUGCAAAUCGAUCCAGCGGAUCCUAGAGCGGGUGCUCAAGAAGUAUGACUAUGACAGCAGCUCUGUGCGGAAGAGGUUCUUCCGGGAGGCGCUGCUGCAGAUCAGCAUCCCCUUCCUGCUCAAGAAGCUGGCCCCCACCUGCAAGUCGGAGCUGCCCCGCUUCCAGGAGCUGAUCUUCGAGGACUUCGCCAGGUUCAUCCUGGUGGAGAACACGUACGAGGAGGUGGUGCUGCAGACCGUCAUGAAGGACAUCCUGCAGGCCGUGAAGGAGGCGGCGGUGCAGCGGAAGCACAACCUCUACCGGGACAGCAUGGUCAUGCACAACAGCGACCCCAACCUGCACCUGCUGGCCGAGGGCGCGCCCAUCGACUGGGGUGAGGAGUACGGCGACAGCAGUCCCAGCCCCGGCACCCCAGAGGCAGCCACCCUCUCGGAAAAGCGACGGCGCGCCAAGCAGGUGGUGUCCUUGAUCCAGGACGAGGAGGCGGAGCUACCCUUUGAGGCUGGCCCGGAACCAUCAUCACCUGUGUCCCCAGACAGUGUCACUGAGCUCCGCGGCCUGCUGGCCCGGGAUCUGCAGGCUGAGAGCCCCCCACUGACCGGCUCCCUGCUCAACGGGGCCCCUGCCCAGGGGAGCCCUCAGCCCGGGGCAGCCCCUGAGGCCUCCUCGCCGCCUGCCUCGCCGCUGCGGCAUCUCCCACCCGGCAAGGCUGCGGACCUUGAGCCCCCCAAGCCCAGCGACCAGGAGACGGGGGAGCAGGUGUCUGACCCGGGCAGCGGCCUACCCACGCACACCACGGAGGGCAAUGCAGGGGUGCAGACUGAGUUCUAGGCCAGCCAUGCUUCUGUUGGACUCGGUGCCCAGCUGCCCCCCAGACGCUGGUAGGCUGGGCUCCGGGAGGGGCCUGCGUCUGUGCCUGCAGGGUGGGGGCAGGAACAGCACCUCAGGGGUGCAGGGACGGCCCCCUGAGCCGCCUCACCAGGCUCACCUACACUUCACUGCUGCCUGUUUUCUGUGGGAUGAUCUCGGAUGUGGGGUCUGGUUUUGGGGUUUUCCUCCUUGUGCUGGGGCUGGACCUGGCUGAGCAGGGCUGGGGGCCCCUCCCUUCCUGUCUUUCCUCUGUGGCCUUACCAUCCUCCUCAGAGAGUGGGGGUGAGAACAUGGGGUGCUCAAGCCAGUCACCCCCACCUCCCCAGAGAGAGGAGGCCGAUGAGCCUGAGGCCCCUCCCUGGUCAGUGUGGAUGUUGGCCUUGAGGAAGGGGUUCUUCAGGCUGGGGGGUGUUGGGGGCUAGAUGGGUUUAGGGGGAGCCUCACAGGGGGCCCGGGGCGACAGGUGUGGGGCUGGAUCGAGAAGGACCAGGGAUGUGCUGGUUUGCUGAGGGGACGUGUCUGAAGGGAGAGUGGAGAAGCCGGGUGGCAGAGUGAGGGUUGCCGGAAGCUGAAUGGAGGCCUCAGCGCUCCCCGCCCCCACCUCCCUCCCACCAUCUGUCCCCUGUGCUGGGCGUGAGGGAGGCCAGAGGGGCUGAGUGCACGAGGGAGGGCAGGGUGAAGGCCCUGCCAAGUAUCUGGGGUCAGGCUCUGGCUUGGCCUUUGCCACCUGGGAAUCGCCAAGGCACCUUGCCCCAGAUCCCAGGCCCCUCUUCAAAUGCCCUGGUGAGUCGCUUUGGGCCUGGUUCUUGGCCCUCAGCUUGUUCCUGGGGACAAAGGUCAAGCCCAGGCAGCCCCCCCGCCCCCCGCCCCCACACC